ACAACCAAACAGUAUAUAUAUCGAAGCAGAGACCAUCUCAAAUCAUUACCAACAAAAACAAUGAUGUUAAGAGAAGCAGCAGCAGCAAAUCAAACAAUCCCAACCAUUCAAAUCCCUCAAGAUUGGUCUCACCAUCUCGAUAACCCAACAACGGCUCAGAUGAUCUUAUCUCAUCAUCUCCCUGUAAGUGGCAUUUCUUCUUCUUCUUCUACUUCAUUAUCUGAAGUUCUGUUAACAGCAUUAACCCGUUACAACAAACUAAACGGUAGCACCGAUACGAACACAACCGAAAUAUCUGGUGGUAGUGGUGGUUGUGUAACGGUAGAUCCGCAUGAUUAUUACUGUGAUGAAUUUCGGAUGUACGAUUUUAAAGUGAGACGUUGUACGCGUGCCGAUCAGCACGAAUGGGUUGAUUGCCCGUACGUUCAUCCUGAUGAGAAGGCACGGAGGCGGGACCCGGUUAGGUUCAACUACAGUGCUACGGGGUGCACUGAAUUUCGUAAGGGGAGUUGUAAGAAGGGUGACGCGUGUGAGUACGCACACGGCGUAUUUGAGUCUUGGUUACACCCGGAUCGUUAUCGUACUCAGGCUUGUAAAGAUGGGAUUGAUUGCCGGAGGAAGAUUUGUUCUUUGCUCAUACGGUUGAUCAGCUCCGAGUUGUAUCAACUCAUAGGAACUCGCCUAUGCUGACCGAGUCGCCUCGGUCUUCUUACGAUGGCUCUCCGAUUCGAAAUGGGAUUGAAUCGUACUUCAUGAAGGUCUCAGCGGCUGCCGCAGCGUCUCCGACAUCAACAUUGAUGAUGCAUUCUUCGCAAUCAGCACCAAUGUCGCCGAUGUCACCCGUUUCUGGUUAUUGUUCACCAUUUUGUGAGUCACCUCGGCGAUCCCUGUUUAAUAACUUGCCAUCGACUCCGACUCGGUCCGUGGCUCGUAGUUCCGAUUUCUGGGAUUUGGAUAGAAACUCCUUCGAAGAGGAACUAAUGAUUCAAAGGGUUGAAUCCGGAAGAAAAGUGCGUGAAAAUUUAUUGGCCAAACUUAUACAGGAAAAUUCAUUCAAGCGAGUGCACUCGUUCAAUCCGACUCCAGAUGUUGGAUGGGUAUCUGAUUUACUGAAGUAAUAUCCUGAAUCGGUGGUGAGUUCCUGACAGUAUUUGUUUCUACUUUCUACUUCUUGUUGUGUCUGUAAUUUUUAUUUCUGUAUUGGUGUAAACAGCAAUUUGUAUUGCAUAGCAUUAUUGAUCAUUAUGUUUGUUAUUA